AUGGGUAACAAUAUUAGUAAUAGUAAAUCUGUUCGUCUUUCAAAUUUAACUACUGUUACAGAAUCAGCAUCAUAUACAUUUGAAAAUAAAGAAGAUGUAACAUUAAUUUGGUUAGAUAAAACUAUUGAUACAACACGAACAACAUUACGUGAAAUAACUGAUUAUGUUGUACUUUAUACUGAACUUGAACCAUGUAUAACUUAUAUUCGUUCAAUAAAUAAUGAACGUAUAUUUCUUAUUGUAUCUGGUGAAUAUGCUGAACAAUGUCUUGAAGAAAUAUAUAAUUUAUCACAAAUUGAUUCAAUAUUUAUAUUUUGUAUGAAUAUAUUAAAAUAUAAAAAUAAAUUUAUUAAUUCAAAAUAUAUUUCAAAAAUAGUUGGUAUAUUUGAUAAUGAAGAUCAAUUAGUAAAAUCUAUUCGAGAAGAAUUAGAUUAUUUACAUAAACAAUUAUCAACAUUUAGUUUAUAUGAAAAACAAAAAUCAACAAGAGAUUUAUCAAAAGAAUCGGCAUCAUUUCUUUGGUUUCAAUUAUUUAAAGAUGUUCUUCUUCAUAUGCCAAGAUCUGAAGAAGCUAAAGAUGAAAUGAUAAAACAAUGUCAACAAUAUUAUCGAGGUAAUAUAGAAGAAUUAAAAAGUAUUGAUGAUUUUAUUCAAACAUAUACACAUGAUGAUACAAUACGUUGGUAUACAAAACAAUGUUUUAUUUAUCGUUUAUGUAAUAAAGCAUUACGAACUGAAGAUAUUGAAUUAUUAUUUAUAUUUCGUUAUUAUAUACAAGAUUUAUGUAAACGUUUAGCUGUUGAACAUGAAAUAUUUCGAACAAAAGAAAUAAAUCAAUCAAUAUUAACAUUAUAUCGUGGUUUAAAAUUAACUAAAGAUGAAAUAAUUCGUUUUCAAUCAAAUACUGGUUCAUUAACAUCAACAAAUGGUUUUUUAUCAACAACACGUAAUUAUGAUUUAGCAUUACAAUUUGCAUUAAAAACUUCAAAACGUUCAGUUGAUGUUUUACCAACAUUAUUUAUAAUUGAAGCUGAUUUACAUUUAGAUGAUGUUGUAUUUGCUGAUAUAUCAUCAUUAAGUGUUUAUCCUGAAGAAGAAGAAGUUUUAUUUGAUAUUGGUUGUGCAUUUAAAAUAAAAGAAGUUUAUUUUAAUGAUAAUAAAAAUGUUUGGAUAAUACAUAUGAAUUUAACAAAUGAAGCUCGACAAAUUGUUGAAAAAUAUAUUGAAGCAAAUAGACGUGAAAUGGAAAAAGGUAAUGUUUUACUUAUAUUUGGUUUAUUAUUAACUGAAAUGGGACAAUAUCAUCAAGCACAAGUUUAUUUUGAAAAAUUACUUUCAUCAAAUACAGUUGAUGAUAAAAUAUCAUUAUAUACAAAUAUUGGUCGUGUAAAAUUUUAUAAAGGUUUAUUUAAUGAAGCAUUAAAAGAUUUUUUAACUGUUUAUAAUAUAUUAAAACAAGAAUAUCCAACAAAUUAUCUUGAUUUUGCACGAACAAUGAAUAAUCUUGGAUUAAUUUAUUUAGAACAAAAACAAUAUGAUUUAGCAUUUGAAUAUCAUUCUAAUGUUAUUCAAAUUUAUCAACAACAUUUACAAACAUCAGAAUUAUUAUUAGCUAAUAGUAAUAAUGCAAUAGGUGUUAUAUUUACACAUAAACAUGAAUAUAAUCGUGCAUUGGAAUAUUUAUUUUGUGCUAUGAAGCUUUAUGAAAAACAUUUACCAACUAUUGAACAUCCAACAAUGGCAACAAAUUAUAAUAGUAUUGGUUUAGUUUUUCAUUAUAUAAAACAAUAUAAUCAAGCAUUAGAUUAUUGUUUAAAAGCAUUAAAUAUUCGUGAAAAACUUUUACCAUCAAGUCAUCCACAUAUUGCUGAUAGUUGCAAUAAUGUUGGUCUUAUCUAUCAUCAUUUAAAUGAAUAUGAAAAAGCAUUAGAUUUAUUUCAUCGUUCUUUAGAAAUAUAUACGAAUUCUGAUCAAAAAAUGCGGAUACCUACUUGUUUGAAUAAUAUGGGACUUUUAUAUUUAGAUCAACAUAAUUAUGAUAAAGCUAUUGAAUAUUAUAUGAAAGCAUUAGAUUUAUAUAAUAAUGAAAAUAAUGAAAAUAUUUAUCAAGAUAAAAUUGGUUUUACACUUGAUAAUUUAGGUGUUGCAUAUGAAAUGAAAUGUGAUUAUAAAAAUGCAUUAAAAUUUUAUAAACAAUCAUUAGAAUGUCAAUUACAAAAUUCAGAAAAAUUUUUUAGAAUAUUAAUUAAAAUUGGAAAUAUUUAUCAAAAAAAAGGUGAUUAUAAGCGAGCAUUAGAUUAUUAUCAUAAUGCAUUAAAUCAAACUGAACAAAUUCCAAUAGAUCUCAAAUCAUCUGUUCUUAUAUCAAUGGGUACUAUUUAUCAUCGACAACAUCAACAUGAUUUAGCACUUCAAUUAUAUAAACGUGUUUUAUCUAUUUAUAAACAUUUAUCAUUAAAUCAAGAUCUUAAUUUAGCAUGGACAUAUAAUAAUAUGGGUUGUCUUUAUGAUGAUAUGGGUGAUAUAAAAGGAGCAUUUAAAUAUCAAAAAAAAGCUUACAAUAUACGACAAAAACUUUUACCAUCAACACAUCCUGAUUUAGCAACAAGUUUAAAUAAUUUAGGACGUAUUCAUCAAAUAUUAGCUUAUCGUUUAGAUGGAAAUUCAACUGAAUAUGAACAAGCAUUAGAAUAUUAUAAAGCUGCACAUGAUAUUCGACGACAAUCUUUAGCUAUGGAUCAUCCUGAUUUAGCAAUAUCUUAUUAUAAUCUUGCAUUGAUAUAUAUUGAUUUACAAGAAUAUGAACAAGCAUAUAAUGAAAUAGAACAAGCAUUAAAUAUUCAAAGAAAAAUAUUGCCAAUUAAUCAUCCCAAUUUAGAACAAACAUUAAAUAUUGAAAAAAAGAUUAAAACAAAACUUAACUAUCAUGUUAAUUAA